GCUAAUGCAGCUUGGGGGCGGGGCUUGCGCUACCGUUGGCGGACAGACGCAGCGGAGCCAGCAGUCGGGUUCGUCCGCCUGAACGUCGUGUGUCUCUGGGUUUCCAACAAAUGGCAACCACCGCAGAAGACGUGCGGGAACCGGCGGACGUCGCCGCACCGUCCACGCACCUCAGCGGCACCCAGCACCACAACAGCAACAACAACAAUAACAACAACAACAACAAAGACACCGAGGCGGCGGCGGGGGAGAGCGCGACCUCCGCCGCCUCCGCAGCCUCCGAACCCGGCGGGACGGCGGCGCAGAGCAUCGGCAACGGCUCGGUCAUCAACCCCAACGGGGGGGACAACGGCAAGUGGGUCCGACUGAACGUCGGCGGAACGGUGUUCCUCACAACGCGGCAGACCUUGCUCAAGGAGCAAACUUCGUUCCUGUACCGGCUGUGCCAGCAGCAGGACCUGCACUCCGACACGGAUGAGACUGGAGCCUACGUCAUCGACAGAGACCCCACCUACUUUGGCCCCAUCCUCAACUAUUUACGGCACGGAAAACUGGUUUACAACAAGGAGCUGGCGGAGGAAGAUGGAUGGAUGAGAGAGAAGGAGGCCUUCUCCUCCAGCUUGGAGUUUGCUUUGAUCCUGCGCCAUGCAUCAAAUGCUGCAAAUCCGCCGGAGACGCAGGAGGAGGAAGCAGCCAAGGAGGAAGAGGAGGGAGGGAGAGAAACCACGGCGAAUGAGUGGCUGAGAGAAUGAGCGAGUCAUGUUUCUUUGUUCCGAAGGGAGGCGGGAAUGGCUUUUCCAGAUCCACGGGUCCCGCAUGUAGGAGCGCCCCACCCCUCCCUAAGCCCCGCCCCCUCCGAGGGCCGCCGUCAGAACCCGGAUCUCAUUUCAUCAAGACGCAGAACAAUCCUGCUCAGCUGUAGCAUCGAAUGGUCAUCCGGUCAUUUCACACAGAAACAACAGAGCUUAGUAAGUCACAACCAAAGAUCCACAGCCGGCCGGAGGUCAGAGGUCGGCUCUGACCCGCGGUUCUGACCCGCUGUGCAGCUGCUGACAGGCAGCGUCUGGACCCUGACACGUCUGUCAGUUCUCCGUCCCCCCGGCGAUGGAGGCAGCACUUCCUGUUUCUAUUCAGACGGCAGAUAGAAAAGUCAACAAACCCGUUCAGUUCAUCCGCUUCGUUUCAGCUGUAACAAAAAAACAAUCUGAGAAGAUGAAGGAGACGAGACGAGUCCAAUCAGGCUGCGUUUCCAUUAGCAAUAAAAAUACCCAAAUUGAAAUUAUGGAAAUAAAUUUGCGUAAUGGAAACAGAUAAAAAAAAAACAUGUUUUGGA